AUGCAAACGACCAAGCAUACUCAUAGCGACCAGCCGGAAAAAAACGUUUCGCCGCAGCCCAAAGACGCUUUACCACCUACACCACCGCUUACUGACGACAGUGUCUCUGAUGCAUCCGCCGAUGGAGACGAUGUGGAGGUCGCGCUGCCGCCGCCCUCGAAAGAACCAGAGAGUGUUCUCGACAUCGACCUAAAAACACCUGAUGCACAUGUGCCACGAGAUCCGAGACUGAUACGCCUCACGGGUGUUCACCCUUUCAAUGUUGAAGCGCCACUUACAGCAUUAUUUGAUGAGGGGUUCUUGACAAGUCCAGAGCUCUUCUACGUACGAAAUCAUGGUGCAGUGCCUCAAGUCAGGGAUGAGGAGAUACCUAAUUGGGAAUUCUCUGUCGAGGGCUUGGUUGAGAAUCCAAUGACCAUCACCCUCACCCAGCUCAUGAACGAAUAUGAACAGAUCACCUGUCCUAUUACUCUAGUCUGCGCUGGCAAUAGACGCAAGGAGCAGAACAUGGUUCGGAAAAGCAAAGGCUUUUCAUGGGGUGCAGCAGGUCUGUCGACAGCCUUGUUCACUGGGGUUGUCAUGUCAGAGGUGAUAAGGCGAGCCAGACCCACGAGAAAAGCCAAAUAUGUUUGCAUGGAGGGCGCCGACAAGUUGCCCAACGGAUACUAUGGAACCUCGGUCAAGCUGAAUUGGGUGAUGGAUCCUAACAAAGGAAUUAUGCUCUCUUACAAGAUGAACGGCGAAAUGCUCAGGCCGGACCACGGAAAGCCAUUACGAGCCGUAAUUCCUGGCCAGAUUGGUGGCCGCUCGGUUAAGUGGCUGAAGAAGCUCAUCAUCACAGCCGAACCCAGCGACAACUGGUACCAUAUCUACGACAACCGAGUGCUCCCUACCAUGGUGUCACCCGAGGAGUCGGCCAACAACGAGAAAUGGUGGAAAGAUGAGCGCUAUGCCAUCUACGACUUGAGCACCAAUUCUACCAUUUGUUACCCUCAGCACGAAGAGCAACUCUGUUUGAAGGGCACUCCGGACAUGUACCGUGCAAAAGGCUACGCAUACAGUGGCGGCGGAAGAAGAAUAACUCGCGUCGAAAUCUCACUCGAUAAAGGUAAGAAUUGGCGUUUGGCCAACAUCGACUACGCCGAGGACAAAUAUCGGGAAACUGAGAAACAGCUUUUUGGGGGACGGGUCGACAUGUCAUGGCGUGAAAGCUGCUUUUGUUGGUGCUUCUGGACCCUCGAUAUUCCAAAACACGAACUUGCCGGCGCCAAGGACAUAUUUGUCCGCGCUAUGGACGAAUCGAUGAACGUGCAGCCCCGUGAUAUGUACUGGUCGGUGCUGGGCAUGAUGAACAAUCCCUGGUUCCGUGUGACUAUUUCAGUGGAGGGCGACUACAUCCGUUUCGAGCACCCGACGCAGCCCGCUCUCCAGCCAGGUGGGUGGAUGGAGAAGGUCAAGAAAGCUGGCGGCAACCUUGCGAACGGUUUCUGGGGCGAAAAGCUGGAGGGCGACGAGGCUGUCGUGCCUGAAGAAGAGCAGGCGAAAGAAAUCUCCAUGGUUAAGCCGGAUCUCAAGAAAUCCAUCACCAUUGACGAACUACGCAAACAUGACACCGAGGAGCAUCCUUGGUUUGUUGUCAAUGGAGAAGUGUACGAUGGUACUGCGUUCCUGAAAGAGCAUCCUGGUGGUGCGCAGAGCAUCAUAUCUGCCGCCGGAUUGGACUCUUCAGAGGAAUUUAUGGCUAUCCACUCCGAGACGGCCAAGGCCAUGAUGCCAGAUUACCACAUCGGCUCGCUGGACGAAGCGGCCAGGACAGCACUGACGAAUAGCGAGGAAGAACCAGACACGUCUGAUGUGCCGCGGGAUACAUUCCUGCGGCCCAAAGUCUGGGGCAAGGCGACACUUCAUGGGAAGAAGAUCGUCUCGUGGGAUACGCGGAUAUUCACCUACAAGCUAGAUCAUCCUCGACAGCGCCUCGGGCUUCCGGUCGGUCAGCAUUUGAUGGUCCGGCUACGGGAUCCAGCUACCAGAGAAGCUAUUAUCCGCAGCUACACACCCAUGUCUGAAAUCAAUGACGAGGGAUUCAUGGACAUGCUCGUCAAAGUCUACUUCGCCGGGCCGGGUGGUAAGGGAGGCAAGAUGUCGCAAGCGAUGGACGCCCUGCCCAUUGGCCAUUUCAUCGAGAUGAAAGGUCCCAUCGGCAAGUUCGAGUACCUGGGUCGAGGCGAGUGUCUCAUAUCGGCUACUCCCAGACACGUCAAGUCGUUUGUGAUGAUUUGCGGCGGCUCAGGUAUCACGCCUAUCUACCAAGUCUUCCGAGCCAUCAUGAGGGACCCGGAGGACACGACGAAGUGCACCAUUUUCGACGGCAACAGACUGUUCGAGGAUAUCCUGUGCAAGGACGAGCUUGAGGCAUUAUCAAAGGACAACGAGCAGAAGGCGACUAUUCUGCAUACUCUCACAAAAGCUCCCGACGAUUGGACGGGUCUACGGGGAAGGGUCACGGGCAAGCUGGUUGAGGAGAACUGUGUACAGGAUAAGGAAACACUGGUGCUCAUUUGCGGUCCCGAGGCCAUGGAGAAGAGCAUGCAUCAGGCCUUGCUCGCGGCGGGUUGGGAUGAUGACCAGCUCAUGUUCUUCUGA